AUGAGUCUGGCUCAGGUGUUGAGUGUGCUGGCCAGUCGUGACGACGAGGGUAACUCCCUUGCACGGCGACUGGCUUAUACCGAUACUGGCCCUACAUUGGAUAUCGAUCCUCUACCAUCUGCCCAACGCAAGGGUUUAAUUGCGGUCACGGUCAUGGCCUUCCUGUCCUUCAUCGCGACUUUGAUUCUACUAUUAUUCAUCACUUAUCGGCUGGUCUUCUGGCGCUCCAGCUACGCACGAUAUAUCGGUUACAAUCAGUACAUCGUUCUUAUUUAUAACCUAGUGUUGGCCGAUCUGCAACAGUCACUUGCAUUUUUACUCUGCCUUAAAUGGAUCACAGAGAACAAAAUAGAAGCGUCUUCGGCGGCCUGCUUUCUUCAAGGAUUUUGGCUGCAGAUUGGGGACCCCGGCAGUGGUUUGUUCGUGCUCGCAAUUGCCGUUCACACAUUCCUUCUGGUAGCAUUAGGUCACAAGCUGAGCCAUCGAGUCUUCGUUUGUGGCGUGGUUGGCGUAUGGCUUUUUGUGGUUAUCUUGGUUAUUAUUCCGCUCGCAUCCCACGGACGAUAUGUCUUCAUUCCGUCAGGCGCAUGGUGUUGGAUCAGCGAAGAGUACGAGCCAAUCCGUUUGUGGACUCAUUAUAUCUGGAUUUUCCUGGCCGAGUUCGGAACCGUCUGUCUUUAUGCCAUCAUGUGGUUCCAGCUACGACGUCGGAUCAAGCAAUCUGCGAUCCUGGGAAGCAGUCAUACGGAGAGUCUCAGGCGCCUGCGACGUGUUAUCGGAUAUAUGAUUAUCUAUCCGGUUGCGUACAUUGUGCUGUCAUUGCCUCUUGCUGCAGGACGAAUGGCAACAGCCCAAGGUCAAACACCAAGCAUUGCAUUCUUCUGUGUCGCUGGUGCCGUGAUUACGAGUUCAGGCUUAGUUGACGUCCUUCUCUACACGCUCACCCGUCGAAACCUGAUUUUAGAGUCCGAGCCAAGUCGCGACCGCAGUUACAACCGCUUUACAAGCAGCAAAAACCGAAAGACUGACCACCUGACGACCAUUACCGCUGCAGAAGGCAAGCACACUCGGGCUGAUAUCAGCAUUCUGCGCACCCAUCGACACCGUGAUGACGACGACGAAUUCGGCCACACUGUGCGCGAAGGAUCUACUGACAAUAUUGUACAACCUUCGGGCAUGGAACUGGCACCUCUUGGAAAGGUGUAUCAACAUACCACCAUUGAAAUUACCCACGAGCCUGCAUACCCGGAGGCUGAAAGCAGUGACCGGUCGAGCAAAGGGUCCAUCGGGAACGGCAAAGGUCCCGAGCAGAGCGCCAGGAUGUGGGGGAGAUAG